AUGGUUGUUCAUCGACUCUGUAUUCCCUAUUCGCCUGGUCUUCGACACUACAUUGGCAUAUUACGCGAGGAAAACCUCUUGGAGCGCUUGCAUGAGCGUCUAGAGACUGUAAAGACGCAUGACUUCCACAUACACGAGCUCCAGCCUUAUCAGAAGGAUGGUGGUGUCUUUGUGCGCUUCACUUAUACUGGUCGUGAUCACCAGACCGCACUCGAAACGCUUCAGACGGAUCUCCAACUUGAAGCUACUAAGCAUGGUGGUCUCCCCUCUUGGUCGGGACUUAAUCACUGUAAUGUUUGGCUCGUGAAGGGAGAGCCGUUUCUUGAGGAUAUGUACCGAUAUCCGUCAGGAAUCGUCCACGUGUCCUUCCAGGGCCCAGAUGUUCCUGAAGAAGCCUUGUAUAGUCUGUUUCGAUCGUGCGGCCGGAUACAGAAUAUCACUUCCCCUACACCCGUUCCUGCAGGCACACUCCGCUCCUCCGAUAUUCUGUUUCACCGCGUACGCUCCGCCACCAUCGCACGGAACACCAUCCAUGGAUACACAUUCUCCGAUGGUGAUGGAAUAACACGCCUGAAGACUGUAUAUCAACGUCCCAUCCAGGCCCAUGCAAUCCGAGACUGGCUGACUUCGCAUCCCAGGAUUGUGUUGCCGAUCAUAUUUUUUUUACUCGGCACGUUGACUUACACUAUAUUUGAUCCCAUAAGAGUCCUUUCUGUUGAAGGGAAGAUGCUCAAUUGGUUCGAUUAUCGCGAAUAUAAAUUAUAUAAAUGGCUUCGUGCGAAUGCCUUGGACCGAUUCUCCCUCACGAGCUUGGCUCGUGAAGACGUCUCUCCACAGGGAGACAUUUGGAAGGAGCGUAAGGAUGCAGAAAGCGCUGUGCGGAGCUACCUCUCUGACCUACCUUCUACCGUUGCAUUCGUGCAUGGUCCCCAGGGCAGUGGCAAAUCGCGUAUGGUCGAGGCUAUCAUCCGCGACACGGGCAGAAAAACUUUAGUGAUCGAUUGUGCUGAGCUCAAUAGAGCGACAUCAGACAUGCGUCUCGUUUCCGCACUCGCACAGCAGACCGGCUACAGACCAAUUUUUGCUUUCCUGAACUCCGUCAACAACAUGGUGGACAUUGCGACCGUUGGCCUAAUCGGGCAAAAAGCGGGCUUUAAGUCUUCCCUUGAAGACCAGCUGAAACAAAUACUUGAAGUCACAGGCACAGCAUUGAAGAAAGUCAAUCAUUCCCUUCGCACUUCUGCACAGCGCGCUGUUAAAGCAACACAAGAAGCUGAAGCACGACGAGCCGAAGAAGCACGAACUCGCGCUCGUAUUCGCGCCGGGACAUGGCACGAUCCACGGCUGGACUGUAUUGCCGGAAACGGCGUUAUAAGCGAGCUUGGGGUGGGCGACGAGUUACUAGAGGGUGACGACGGCGGGCUUGCGGGCUUCAAUGUGAUAGAGGAAGAUGUCGUAAACUUGAGUGAUGGAGGGGAGAAGACGAGCCAGGAGCUAGCAAGACAACAACACCGGCACGCAGAGGACGUGCAAGUUGUGCGUACGCUACCGAUUGUGGUCAUCAAAAACUAUGCCGCACGGGGAGGAGUUUACAAAGAAGAACUUCUCGGCGUUUUGGCGCAUUGGGCAGCGUCCCUCGCCGAGAAUCAGGUUGCCCAUGUUAUCGUAGUCAGCGACAACCGCGAGGAUGCAAAGCUACUGGCCCGGGCGUUGCCUUCCAAGCCAUUGAACUCUAUUGCCCUUCAUGAUGCUGAUGCCCCCACUGCACUCUCCUUUGUCCGCCGACGCCUGUACGAUGCUGGUAUCACUUCGGAUCUCACGCCUGCACAAAAGAAGGCUAUCGAACACCUUGGCGGCCGCACGAGCGACCUUGAACGUCUAAUCCACAAAGUCUGCAGUAAUCAAGGCAUCGAGGAAGCGGUAGAAGAUAUCAUUGCUGACGGUGUCGGAGAACUGAGGAAGAAGGCCUUUGGAGAGGACAUCGACGACGCUAAGAGUUUGCCGUGGUCCAGGGAGCAGGCGUGGACUGUGCUCAAGCAGCUGGCACGCAGAGCUGAGCUGCCGUAUUAUGAAGUAUUACUCGAUGUGCCUUUCAAGGGAGACGAGCUGCCGCUUCGUGUCAUGGAACACGCUGAGAUCAUAUCUAUCAGCACACGACAUGGUCGACCAUCCACGAUACGUCCCGGAAAGCCCGUGUUCAAAUAUGUCUUCGAGAGACUUGUGAACGACCCUGUCUUCCAAGCCACACAAGACAUCGCGCUCAACGACAAAGUUAUCUCGAGCGCUGAAAGUACCGUUCGUACAUGCGAGUCUGAGCUUAGCACGCUUCAGGACCUCUCAAAAACGGAGCGGUCAUUUUGGUGGUUCAGGCGUAGAGCAACAUCCGAGCGGAGGGAAUACCUGUUGAAGAAGAUGCGUUCCGCACAAACAAAGAUUCAGACCCUGGAGAAGCGGAAUGCUGAGUUAAAGAGAGUAUUGGCGAAGGGUGUUUGA